UGAUCCAUAUAGGGAAUGAAGUGUCUUAGUCACAACAACUGUCCAUUGUUUGGUGGAAUCGUGGAUGCAUAUAAGAGGAAGGAAGGAAUGUCCUCUUCACAGAAGGGACAAAUUUGCCAGAGGAUUAUCUUUGAACCAGGUCUGAAAAGACCGUUAAGACUCUGGUCUCAUUAUUCUUAUUUAUAAAGAUAUAUAAGAUGUUCCUAUCUCAGAAGUACCUACAGAUAGUUACUUUCAUUGGCAUCAUGUGCUUUGCUUGUCUUGCUGCAUCAGAGAACACCCAAAAUGAGAGAUCAGUUGCAGAGGCUCAGCUAAUGCACGACAAAGGAAAAACUAUUGAAGAAAUAAGUCGCCAGAGAUGGCUACAAGGGUUGCUGGGAAGUGUUCACAACCCAGGUCGAAGAAAUGUUCCCUUGAUAAAGAAUUUCCGCCGUGAUUUACGCAGACUAAAUGAAGAACAGCAAAGAUUUAGCAGCAUAAGGAACAUCAGGAAUCUGCAAUAUAAACAGGCAAUUCUCGCGCACAAUAAAAACCUAAUGGAGCGGGAUCCUUGAGUGUUUACAUACUAAUUUCAUCACUAAAGCAACAACAUUUAGACUAAAUUCAUAUUUCAUUCUUUUAAUAUGUAAAUAAAUAGUUUGG